UUCCUUUUGCGGCUCCAUCCCUGGGCGCGGGGACGUUCACUCAGGCUGUGCCUCCACUGCUUGUCUCUGUGCGAGCUCUGCCUCGUGGGACCCCAGGGGCCUGGGGUGUGGGACAGAGCUGGGAGCAGCAAGGAGCCAGAAUGGACCCCGAGUUCCUCACCAGCAGGCCCCCCCAGGCACAGAUUGAUUUGUUUCAGGAAUCAGUGACCUUCAAGGAUGUGGCUGUGGACUUCACCUGGGAGGAGUGGGGCUACCUGGACACUUCCCAGAAGGAGCUUUACUGGGAGGUGAUGCUGGAGAACUACAGGAACCUGGUCAGCCUGGGCCUUGCAGAUUCCAAUGUGGACAUGAUCUCUCAGCUGGAGUCAGGGGAAGCACAGGGGAUUCCAGUGGAUAGUGUCCUAACAAGCUGCUGGCCAGAUGGGGACAGGAGACCUCAGACCAAGGAGACAGCUCCAAAGUUGAGUAUUUCUAUGGAAGCCUUAUCCCAGCAAAAGCCCUUGUGGGAUGACCCAUGCAUCUCCAAGAUGAGAAAAGCCUGGGAGUAUUGUGGCAGGUUAAAGAAAGAGCAGAGCAACGAGGCAAAACUUUCUAGGCAAGGAAAAAUAAUCCAAUCAGAAACUGCUGAUGUAGUCAGAGGCUCUGAAAACAGUAAAUAUCACCAAACCGUGAGCCCAGAGCCAUAUCACGGAGUAUCUGUAGUAAUGGAUCUCCAUAAGAGAAGGAGCUUGGAGUCAGACCAAAGACAAAGUAAUCAAAUCCAUUCACAGAAGAAAUAUUCUGAGAUUAACAAAUGUCAGAAAACUUUUGGUUAUGAUUUGGACCAAAUUCAGAAACAUGGAAUUCAUGCUGAAGAGCAACUCUGUGAAAGUGGGAAUUCUUUCCUUUUAAAAAAUGAACUCACUUUACCCCAGCGAACUCAUCCAGGAAAAAAGUGUUCUGGGUUGACUAAAUGUGGGAAGACAUCCUGUCAGAAGGCAGAUGGUUCUCAACAGGCCCCUAUCAAGAGUCCAAACAAAUCUUAUAAAUGUGGUGAAUGUGGAAAGGUCUUUUGGCGGAAGCGAUUUCUUACAGAGCACUACAGAAUCCAUAGUGGAGAAAGACCUUUCAAAUGCAGUGACUGUGGAAAGGCCUUUUACCGGAAGACAAGUCUUAUGCAACAUUGUAAGAUUCAUUCUGGAGAAAAACCUUUUAAGUGCAACAAUUGUGGGAUUUCUUUUUCUCGGCGCACAACACUGACUCGGCAUCAGAGAACUCACACUAGAGAGAGACCUUAUGAAUGUAAUGAAUGUGGGAAGUCAUUCCAUUCAAGCUCUAGUCUUUUUCAGCACCUUAGAACUCAUCCUGGAAUAAAAGUUCAUCAGUGCAGUGUAUGUGGGAAGGCAUUUUCUCAGAAGUGUGAUCUUACUAGCCACAAUCUCAUUCAUACUGGAGAGAAACCAUUUGAAUGCAGUAUAUGUGGGAAGGCAUUCCGAUCAAGCUCUAACCUUACUCAUCACCAGAGUACUCAUACAGUAAUGAAACCUCAUCAGUGCAGUGUAUGUGGGAAGGCAUUCUCUAAGAAGUGUCGUCUCACCAGCCACAAUCUUAUUCAUACUGGAGAGAAACCAUAUGAAUGCAGUGUUUGUGGGAAGGCCUUCCGAUCAAGCUCUAACCUUACUCAUCACCAGAGAACUCAUACAGGAAUAAAACCUCAUCAAUGCAGUGUUUGUGGGAAGGCAUUCUCUACUAAGUUCGGUCUUACCAAACACGGUCUUAUUCAUACUGGAGAGAAACCAUAUGAAUGCAGUGUAUGUGGGAAGGCAUUCUCUAAGAAGUUUGGUCUCACCAAACACAGUCUUAUACAUACUGGAGAGAAACCAUUUGAAUGCAGUGAUUGUGGAAAGACAUUCCGAUCAAGCUCUAACCUUACUCAUCACCAGAGAACUCAUACAGGAAUAAAACCUCAUCAAUGCAGUGUAUGUGGGAAGGCAUUCUCUCGGAAGUCUGGUCUUACAAAACACUGUAGAAUUCAUACCGGAGAGAAACCUUUUAAAUGUAAUGAAUGUGGGAAAGUCUUUUUCUGGAGCACAUCACUGACUGAACAUCAGAGAAGUCAUACUGGAGAGAAGCCCUAUGAAUGCAGCAAAUGUGGGAAGACAUUCCAGUCAAGCUCUAGCCUUUCCAAGCACCAUAGAAAUCAUGCAGGAAUAAAACCUCAUGAACACAGUGUUUGUGGGAAGGCAUUCUCUCAGAAGUUCAUUCUCACUCAUCACAAUAUCAUUCAUAGUGGAGAGAAACCUUAUAAAUGCAGUGUAUGUGGAAAGGCAUUCUCUCAGAAGUCUGGUCUUACAAAACAUAGUAGUAUUCAUACUGGAGAGAAAUGUUUUAAAUGCAAUGAUUGUGGGAAAGUCUUCUUCCGGAGCACAGCACUGACUCAACAUCAGAGAAAUGACACUGGAGAGAAAACUUGUGAAGACAGUGAAUGUACAAAGGACUUCCCCCAGAAUGCAGGGCUUCUAUCACAUAAGAGAAUACAUGCCCGAGACAAAUCUUAGCAAUAUUAUAAAUUUGGGAAGGUAUUCACCCAGAUCACAGCAUUUACUCAACUUUAUAGAAUUCAUGAUGGAGAGAAAGCUCAUUUAUGUCAUCAUUGAAGCAAAACACUGGUGGGAUAAUCCAGAUUAUAUUGUAAUUGGGAAGUAUUUAAGAAAAUAAAUCCAUAAUAAAACA